UGAUUCUACGACUUCAUUGCUAGAAAGAAAUUCAUACUCUGAUUCGCAUGUUUAUGGGGAGUAUAUUACAAAAUCUGAGGGUUUGACUGGUGGAGUUGACGAAUUUGCCUCCGGCGAGCAGUCGAACACUGCAUUCAUUCAUUCAGCUAAUGCCAAUGAAGGAAAUCGCUCUCUGAAACUUCCAAUGAGCCAACCACUUCUCCAAGAGUCUCUCGAGCCGCCUCGACCAUUACCUUGCAUACGCUUCUCAAAACCCCACAACCCUCUAAUCGAUCACAGCUUCGAGCAGAACUACAGAACCACGUGCACUCUCCUCCUCUCCCAAACCCGCUCGAGGUUCCUCCCGAAAGGCCUGGCCUUGCAUGCCCACAUCAUCAAGUCCGGAAUCAGUGCAGUUCCGCUCGUCUGCCACCACCUCAUUAACUUCUACUCCAAGCUCCAGUGCCCAGUUGAGUCUACGAUCGUCUUUGGCGAAGCGCCGGUGAAGUCACCCACCACAUGGAGCUCCGUUAUCUCUUCGCUGGCCCAGAACGAGUCCCCGUGCUUAGCUCUUCAGUAUUUUCGCGAAAUGAUACGUUCUGGUGUCAGACCCGACGAUCAUACUUUCCCGUGUGCUACGAAAUCUUCCGCCAUGCUUUCGGAUUAUCAUAUCGGGGGAAUGGUACAUUGCUUUUCUGUGAAGACAGGGUUUGAUUCGGACGUGUUUGUUGGGAGUUCUCUGGUGGAUAUGUACGCUAAGUGCGGGAAGAUAGAUAUAGCUCGGAAGGUGUUCGAUGAAAUGCCUGAGAGGAAUGUGGUUUCUUGGAGUGGGAUGAUAUGUGGGUAUGCUCUGAUAGGCGAGGAUGAUGAGGCUUUAAGGCUUUUCAAGGAAGCGUUAGUGGAAGAUUUGGAUGUCAAUGAUUUCACAUAUUCAAGUGUGAUUCGAGUAUGUGGUAAUUCCACUCUGCUUGAGUUAGGGAAGCAGAUACAUGGGUUGUGCUUGAAAACAAGCUAUGAUUCAUCGAGUUUUGUGGGAAGCUCGUUAAUAUCUUUGUACUCUAAGUGUGGACUUGUAGAAGGUGCUUAUCAAGUUUUUGAUGAGGUGCCGGUCAAGAAUUUGGGUAUGUGGAAUGCAAUGUCUAUAGCCUGUGCUCAACACGGGCACACCAAGAAGGUUUUUGACUUGUUCACACAGAUUGAAAGAGCUGGGCUGAAGCCAAAUUUUAUUACAUUUUUGUGUGUGCUCUAUGCUUGUAGCCAUGCAGGGCUGGUUCAAGAAGGGAAACACUAUUUUGGGUUGAUGAAAGAUUAUGGGAUUGAGCCAGGCGAUCAGCAUUUUGCUUCGUUCGUUGACUGCCUUGGCCGAGCUGGAAAAUUACAAGAGGCUUUAAAAGUUGUUGAAGAAAUGCCCAUGCAACCUACAGAAUCUGUUUGGGGAGCAUUAUUGACUGGCUGUCGCAUUCAUCGCAACACUGAAUUGGCAGCUUAUGUGGCUGAUAGGGUUUUUGAGUUAGGUCCCGUGAGUCCAGGCCUACAUGUGCUAUUAUCCAAUACUUAUGCGGCUGCUGGUAGAUAUGAAGAUGCAGCGAAAGCUAGGAAGAUGCUGAGGGAACAAGGGGUGAGAAAGGAAACAGGUUUGAGUUGGGUUGAAGAGGGGAACAGGGUGCACACAUUUGCUACUGGUGAUAGGCGCCAUGCGAAAUAUAAGGAGAUUUACCAAAAGUUGGAAGAAUUAGGGGAUGAAAUGGAGAGAGCUGGUUAUGUUGCAGAUACAAAUUUUGUGUUGCAACAAGUGGGUGACCAAGAGAGGAGCGAGGCGAUCAGGUAUCACAGUGAAAGAAUAGCCAUUGCUUUUGCACUCAUCACAUUUCCACCUGAAAGGCCAAUUAGAGUUAUGAAAAACUUGCGUGUUUGUGGCGAUUGUCACAAUGCUAUGAAGUUUAUGUCCAAGUGCACAGGAAGAAUAAUCAUUGUGAGAGAUAAUAAUCGAUUUCAUCGAUUUGAGAAUGGCAAAUGCACGUGUGGCGACUAUUGGUGACUGAAGAAUUUGUACAUAUUAAGGAGCUUUGAUUCAUGUGAUUUUGUUUCACUGCUAUUGAUGAGGCUGGAAAAUUCCUGGGUUUUGAGAUGACAUGGAUAUUGGCAUGAAGGUGAUAUGGAUUGUCAGCUCCUCUAGUGUCAAAAUUCUGCUAUGUCAGAUCUUUUCCUACAACUGAAUCUGCUAUAAGUACCCAAUUUGGUGUGGAUCAGUGGAUGACUAUUAAUGCUAGAACAUUGGAUUUUCCUUUCCUCUAUUGGUUCUGAAAUUAAAGCAAUAGGUUUUUAGAAGUCUGUACAAAGUUGAAGGUUUUGGGUUUCUCUUUUCCCUUGGCUACAUCCAUUUAUCAUAGAAGUCUGUGUAAAGAACCUAGCCAGAGGUAGAAUUUUUCAUAGAAUUGAGUUCCUACUGCUGGCUAUGUGUUUGGCUACUUUCCGUUGCACAUUCUCUGUUUCUUUGAAGCUUAAUUGGUCUAUCUUGGAGGAAUUAAAAGAAAUGGAAUCUGAGACACUAGCUGUUCAUUAUCAACCAAAUAAACUUCAAAGACUUCUUUCCACUAUUGCGCCUGUGCUAUUGAUUGCAGUAGGAUAUGUGGACCCCGGCAAAUGGGCUGUAUUCGUUGAAGGAGGUGCCCGUUGUGGGGUUGAUUUGAUGAUUGUGUUACUUCUGUUUAAUUUAGGAGCAAUUUUGUGUCAGUACUUGUCAGCUCGUAUUGCAGUGGUUACAGGUAGAGAUCUUGCCCAGGUAUGGAUCUCAAUUUGCUAUUUUCUUCUUGUCGUUGACAUUAUCAUUGAGCAACCUUAUAAGCUUAACAAUUUGAUGUUAGAUUGUUUGAACAAUUUUCUUGGCCUUGCAAUAUAGCAUCUGAAAUCCCUCCAUUCUAAGGACAUAUUUAAUUCUAUGCCAUCUCAUUCAUUGCAAUUAUUGAACACAUUCAAAGGGAAUUCUAGGUUAUAUUUGUAAAACCAUGGUGCCUAAUAGGAUCAUAAUUCAUUUUGGUUGGAGAUUUCUUUCUUCUCUCCUCUUUCAAUGACUGUUGCCAUGCUAAAUUGACAGAUCCACCCUAUUUUUUUAAUUCAAUCCUCACUGCCAGGCAAUGAACAAAAUAUUCCUUAUUCUUCCGCUUCUCUUUUUUCU